CGCAGAAGUGUUUCUAUAGGUAGAGACAACCCAAAUAUUGCUUUUCCCCAAAAUGUCUGUAUAGUUCACAAUUAUCGAUUUUUGUGUAUAAUCAGUGUAUAAAAGUGCGCUACUGGUGGUGAAAAGUGGUACUAUACACCUCAUGAAUAAUUCACACAGCGGAGCUUCUGAUUGGCUGUACUAUACACCUCAUGAAUAAUUCACACAGCGGAGCUUCUGAUUGGCUGACAACCCUCCCCUCAGCAUCGGAUCAACUCUCACCCACUCGGUUCACACUGACUUGGAGGAAGAGACAUGUGCAGGAGAUGGCAACUCUAAGGUCCCGGAGGAGAGUGGUAAAACCCAUCAAUGAGGCGAAGUAUUUCUCGUCCUUGUCGAAAGAUACAAAGAUUUCAACUGAAGCAGCUCCUCCAGUUCCUAAUGCAGCAGGAACAGAGAGUGAUGUCAACAACACUGAACAGUUGACUCCAGACACUGAGCAGCAACAAACUUCUUUGGCCAAUCUUGCAUUAGAGGAUUCAACAGAGAAGAUUUCAACUGAAGCAGCUCCUCCAGUUCCUAAUGCAGCAGGAACAGAGAGUGAUGUCAACAACACUGAACAGUUGACUCCAGACACUGAGCAGCAACAAACUUCUUUGGCCAAUCUUGCAUUAGAGGAUUCAACAGAGAAGAUUUCAACUGAAGCAGCUCCUCCAGUUCCUAAUGCAGCAGGAACAGAGAGUGAUGUCAACAACACUGAACAGUUGACUCCAGACACUGAGCAGCAACAAACUUCUUUGGCCAAUCUUGCAUUAGAGGAUUCAACAGAGAAGAUUUCAACUGAAGCAGCUCCUCCAGUUCCUAAUGCAGCAGGAACAGAGAGUGAUGUCAACAACACUGAACAGUUGACUCCAGACACUGAGCAGCAACAAACUUCUUUGGCCAAUCUUGCAUUAGAGGAUUCAACAGAGAAGAUUUCAACUGAAGCAGCUCCUCCAGUUCCUAAUGCAGCAGGAACAGAGAGUGAUGUCAACAACACUGAACAGAAGAGAGCAAGGCGACCUGUUGAGACCACUCCAGGCGCCUCAGAUGAUGGUGACUCUGCCCUGGAAGGCACGUCUCAAGCAUUACACAAAAACACUGAUGGGAAGGAGAGAGUGCACAGCAGGAGGGAAGUGCGCACACAUUCAGGAAAGAAGAGAGCAAGGCGACCUGUUGAGACCACUCCAGGCGCCUCAGAUGAUGUUGACUCUGCCCUGGAAGGCACACGGCCCCUUGCGUGGGAAAAGGAUCCCAGGAGAAAACAAAAACGGCCGUGGUCACCAACGGAGAUUGCUGCAGUAAUGCGGCAUUUCAGGGUCCACAUAGCCAAAGGGAGUCUAGCCACAAUAAAAGAGUGCAAACUGUGCAAGAUUGCUGAGCAUCCUGCUCUAGCUAAACGAUCUGAACAAAAUUUAAGAGAUUUUGUAAGGAAUCGGGGUAUUGUUGCAAAGAAGUCAUUCAAAGACAUUCGCCCAGUGUUUUAAAUGUUUUUUUUAAAAAAAAAUGUUUUUACUUUUUACUGUUUAAUGAUUUUUUAAAACUUUGUACUGUUUUAUGACUUUUUAUGUUCUAUGAACCCAGUGUUCAUGAAGGGUUUGAAUGCAUUCAUAAAGUCUGUCAUUACUGUUCAUAAUUGUUUAUACAUAAAUAAUACAUAAAUAAUAGAUAGGUGUGUCCUUUUGUGUAUCCAUGUCCAGUCUAUUCAUGUUUGACCUUCUAAUACACCUAUGUGACAUGUUUGAGUGUUGUAUACUAUGUCCAUCUAAUUCACCUCUGUGUCAUGGGCGUGGCUUAGCUAGCUAAUUAUCCCUGUCCUCACAAUUAUGUAUAGUGUCAGGUUGUCAUAUCU